AUGUCCAAUCUCAUAGUCGUCACUGGUGCGACCGGGAUGCAAGGUUCAGGCGUCAUCGAUGCCCUCGCCACAAAUCCUGACUGGAAAAUCCGAGGUCUUACCCGAAAUACCGACAGCGAAAAGGCCAAAGCACUCAUGGAUCGUGGCAUUGAGAUGGUAGCCGCCAACUUGGAUGACGAAGAUAGUCUCCAUAAUGCCUUCAUUGGUGCCAAUGCUAUCUUUGCAGUCACGGAUUUCUACGAACCAUUUGCGACAGGGAUCGGGCCCGAGAAGGCCAUGCAAAUCGAGUACGAACGAGGCUUGAAGUUGGCCCGUGCAGCUGCUAAAAUAACAACUCUGGAAUUCUACUUCUGGAGCACUCUCCCCGCCGCGAGCGACUUGACGAACGGCAGGGUGAAAGUUCCGCAUUUUGAUGCCAAAGGGGCCAUCGAUGCAUACAUCAAGAAUGACUCUGUCUUGAACGCGAAGACGAUCUUUCUUUUGACGGGAUUCUAUGCGUCCAAUUUUGGCUACCCGCCUUUCACCCCCAUUUACUCGAAGCCAGCUGGACAAUACAUUCUUGCCCUUCCAGCAUCAUCUUCGUCUUACCUUCCCUCGCUGGGCUCAGUGAAGAACAUUGGCAUCACCGUUAGUGGCCUUCUCCAACACCCAUAUCCCAAAGCCACAGCUACCCCAAAGGGAGGUAGAUACGUUCAUGUCACGGCGGGAAAAUACCAAAUGCAAGAUUAUUUCUCGAAGUGGGCAAUGAUAGCAGGAAAAGGGAAGCUUCAAGUUUUAUCAGUUCCCUUUGAGCAGUUCGAAGCGCUCCACGGUAUAUGGGGCACGGAGUUGGGUCUCAUGGUGAAAUUUUGGGAAGAAGCUGCGCCCCCAAAGAUGUGGGGAACAGUCGGAGAAGGUGAUGUUAUGGUUGAUUCUCGUGAGCUUGAGUGCGUCAAAGGCCGGUUGGUCAGUGCCGAGGAUUUCUGGAGUCAGAGUGAUUGGAGUCAAUUUUGA